UUUGAUCCUUCAUUCCCUCUCACAAGACUGAGCUAUAUUUCAGACUCGACAUUCAUACUGCACUACUUUAUUCCCCCGACCACCUAGCAGAUCGUAGGGAAAGACGGCAGCAUCGAUAUGCCAGACCCUCGGCUGCUUCGUGCACUGCGUUACGGACUGUACGAUGAGCCACCAGCGUCUACCGGGUCGUCAACACCGCAUACUCGCCGCCGUCGCCUCCAGCAAGCCUUGAGAGCCACCGCAGAUAUGGCGGCCAAUGAUCUCGCGGAGAUGGGAGCCUCAACGCAUCCGUCACGACGAGCACUUAUCGAACCGCUUCAGCGACGUCGCCAGCGUUCGCCGAGUGCAGAGCUACAGGACGAGCAAGCAGAAGAGGACAACAGGCGGCGGAGGUCUAAGCGGAGAAGGCUGGAAUAUGACCAUUCCCCGACACCACAACUACCCAUCAAGUACGGCCAUUACGGUCAAGUAGAAGCUGGAAGAUUGAAGUUGAACAUAAUCAGUUGCGAUGGUGGCGAGCACAGAGAUCCACGCCAUCCAAGUACCUACCUGGGGGCGCAGAACUUGCUCCGGCACGACAAGAGCGUGUACUGUUCUGAUAGACCAAGCAGCGGCAUAGUAUUUCGGCAUGCGGACGACACACCGUUUUGUCUCGAAAAGCUGCACAUCGUUUCUCCUGAGCAUGGUUUCUCUGCACCCGUCCGUGAAGGAAUCGUUUACGUUGCCAUGACUCUGGCGG